CCUUCCUCCAGAUUUCCCAUGGUGCCCCUCACCAGAGAAUUCUCAACUGGAGAAAACAGCCAAUCCAAACAGUCACAGGAGCCAGGAGUCUACAGUGACUGGUUGUGAUUGUGUGGCAUGUGCAUGUUGCAGUGGGAAUGAAGUGUUUUUGUAUGUAGCUGUUCCGUGUGUAUUAGCAUAUUUUUCAUUUUAAAAUGCUAUUUUAAUUCUUGUGGCAAAACAAAUUGUCCAAUAAAGAUCUACCUUAGGAUACUGUCCUCAGCUCUACUCUAUAGGCUAUAUUACAUAGAUCAUUAUCAAUUCGUCCAGAGAAUAUUGACAUGAAUCAGUUACAUGCACCAGUAUCUUGUGACCUUAGCUCGGAGGGAGCAGUUCAUCCACUGUGAUUUGAGAUAAAGGGCUAUGAGAGAGAGACCUAGUCAAACCCCCAUACGAGGGGAGGGAGAGCGGGAAACAGUUUCACCACUCCCAAUCCCUGACACUAUCUCCCCCUGGAUCGUGGGAAAAGAGACGUUUGCUUACGGAGCAAAACCAUGUGAGAUAAGCCAAACGUCCACAAUGCUGGUUUGACUGGGAGGCAUCAGUGACAUAACAAUGCAAGUGCCUGGCUGCACCUUGACUUCCACAGACCGAAGAUCCUGAGCAACUCUGGAACUUCACUCCAGCUUUGUUCACUCUACUCAUCUCUCUGGUUAAUCCUCUUCCUAAACAUAGCUUUUUUUUUUAGGAACCACUGCCAAGCUCAAGGAGAGCAUCUUCCUUAUCACCAUCAUCAUGAAGCACAGGACGGUGAUGAUGUACAUGGAGAUAGGCUGCUUUGUGUCAUGUCUGGCUGGCUGGAUUCUGGUGAGCUCCACCCUGGCUAUAGAGUACUGGACCUGGUCUGAAGUGGGCAGCGUGGUGCUCACCACCGGCAACUACUUCUCUAACCUCUGGAAGGACUGUGUAUCAGACUCAACGGGGGUGUCCGACUGCAAAGAGUACCCCUCCAUGCUGGGACUACCAGUGUUCCUCCACUCAGUAAGGGCUCUGUCCAUCUGUUCUGUGAUCCUUGGGUUCUUCGCUGGAGUCCUCACACUGAUAGGGAUGAAGUGCACCAAGAUUGGAGGGUCAGAGCUCGCCAACGCACGGGUCACCUUCGCCGGGGGAAUCACCUAUCUGGCGUCUGGAUUUGCUGGCCUGAUCGUGUACUCCUGGUGGGGAAACAAAGUAAGAUCAGAGUUUGUGGAUCCCAAUUUCAAGGCACAGAAAUUUGAAAUCGGAGCAGCGGUUUUUAUUGGCUGGGGAGGCUCGAUCUUGCUCAUCACCGGAGGUUUCGUACUCAGUUUCUUCUCUGGAAAGGAGGGUCUACGCUCAACAUCAAAGAAAAGGCCCCGCAGACCUAACUCCUAUGCCACAGCUCGGACCAGACGCACAUACAUGAUGCCAAACUCUUCCAGAGUGACUCCAAUGCCACAAUUGGUCCAAGGGAGCAGAGGUGGCAGAAAGAUCAGGACAACAAGGACCACUGGGACAUAUAGCAGGGACGAUUUUGUUUGAGCUGCAGUAGCUCCUGUACCGCAGGAAAUACACUGCUUCAUAUCAUUGGUCGUUAGUUACCAUGAAAACAUUGUGAGAACUGAAUCAAUUUGAUUUGGUAACUGUCUCGCCACCUACACCUUGUAGAUACCUUAUGUAUGACUGUUUUACUAACAUAUAACUGUGUUCCUUUUGUGAACUGAAUUGACAUCAAGGAAAGGGAUGAAUGAUUCCAUUUGAUACAAAAAGAAAAUAUUUAUUGCUAGCAUGUAUAAAUAUUUUAGAUAAAAAACACAUUUUCUUUUCUUUCAUGGGAAUCACAAAUGUCUUGUAAAUUGUUUUGACACAAAUCAUACAGGUACCUCACAUGAAGUGCAAUAUCACAUUUCAUAAAACCUCUAAGUUGACAAUUCACUAUAGCUAAUAUAUCAUCUGUAUAUAAAAUAAAAACACUGAAAACUGCCACAAGACAGAUGGCUACCACUGUCAUAGGUGUAUAUCUCUAGAGAUACACUGUGUCCUGAACAGAGAGGAUCUCUUCGUUAAGUCUCUUCUACAUGCAACUGUAAUUCUAACAGUAUCGGUAAAUAAUGUAGAAGUACAUUUGCCUUCCAAAGAAUUCCUAUGGGCGUCAUAUUGAGUUUUAUUAUUGUAGAACUGUAUCACCUCCAUAGGACUAUAUAUCAUUGUCACUCCAGUCGCUGCCGGUUCCUGCUUCAUUCAAACCUGGGGAAUUGAUAAACAUCAUCAGAGGCUGAAGGUGAAGGAUAAAGGGACCUGAAGGGGGCCGGGUCUGUGAGAGUCAGUGAGACUGACCUGUUUUCUGUCCCUUCCCGGUGGAUGUUCCCCUGACACUGGUAGUGCUGUCUGAGUCCAGGCUCUUCCUCACGGGGGCGGUGGGCUUGCCCACGGGGGCGGGGACCGAUAGGUCAUCCAACGAGGAGAUAUCCCAGUCAUCCUCAUCAUCAUCGUUUGUAUACUGAAACGCCACAUAACAGUCCAGAUGAACACGAUUAGUAUAUGGGAAACUUCUGACGUCAGCAAAUGUUGUUUGUUCUCUGUGUCUUAUGUUACUCUGAGUUGAUGAUAACACAACAGAGAGGAGACGAGAGAGGAUUUCUCACCUUGAGUUCCCGUACAACGUCUUUGUUUUUCCUCUCUGGUAAGAAGCUCACUCCCCCUAGCGGCUUCUUUGGUCCUCGGUCUGCAAGCUGCUGCUCCAGGCUCUUAGUCAAGUCCUUGACCAGGUUAUCUGGAAAGACAACUAUGGUCAGCACAACGCAUAAAAACCUAUGGGUAACAGUUUUCAAUAAACACACAACUAAAAAAGAAAA